UUCUGCAUAGGCCUUAGGGUUUAAACACUUAAACCGCCACGCGAACCGUACCACUCUGCUCUUUCCAAACCCUCCAUUACAGCACACAUGGCCAAAGCUCUCCCACCAAACGAAACAGAAUCAAUGGACUACGAACUCGAAGAAGAAAGCGAAGACGAAGUGCUCGAAGGCUGGGACGACUGGGAAGCCGAAAAGGACGACGUAGAAGAAGAAGGAGACAGCUCCGACUCCGACUUACUUUGCUUCUUCUGCGACUCCAAGUACGGUUCGUGCGAUGCGCUAUUCAAGCAUUGCAGUACUUCACACCGCUUCGAUUUUCGCGGUAUUCGGACAAGCUUGGGUUUGGACUUCUACGGUGCGUUUAAGCUCAUCAACUACGUCCGCUCUCAGGUGGCCAAAAACAGAUGUUGGAGUUGCGGUGUUACCUGUCAGUCUAACCAAGAUCUUCAGAAUCAUUUACAUGAAACAGUCAACGUUGAGGACAUUAAGUCGCUUUGGGAAGAUGAUAGAUAUCUGAAUCCUUUCAUUAAAGAUGACUCACUCUUGUACAGUUUCGGUGAAGAUGAAGCAGGUGAAGAUGACUGUACUGCAUCAGCUGACAAAGAAGAACUGAUGAGGGAUUUGGAAAAUUUUGAAGAGAUUUCUAUUGAUGACGAGAAUGCAGGGGACACUACCGUAUUUAGUGCAGAUACCUGUGACGAAAAUGGAGGGAUAAUUGUUUCUGCUUCCAAUGACUAUUCACACACAGCAAGUUCCUUGGAGAAGGUGGUGGUCAAUGGUGUGGAUUCAAGAGAACAUGCUGACUCAUCUGGUAGAAAAUUGAAAGAUAAACCUUUAAGAGCUUCUUUUCCUACUCUUAUUGCAAAGGAUAUCAAGAAUGCGAACAAGAAUUAUUUUGGGGCUUAUAGUUCAUUUGGCAUCCACAGAGAGAUGAUAAGUGAUAAGGUAAGAACAGAUGCUUAUAGACAAGCUAUCUUGAAAAACCCUUCUCUCCUGAAUAAUGCUGUUGUGAUGGAUGUAGGUUGUGGGACUGGCAUACUAAGUCUAUUUGCAGCUCAAGCUGGGGCUUCAAGGGUAAUUGCAAUUGAUGCAAGUGAGAAGAUGGCCACAGUUGCAACUCAGAUUGCAAUGGAUAAUGGCCUUUGGCGGAGUGAAAGCCAAAAUGAAAGUAAUAAGCAUCCCACAGGGGUAAUAAAAGUGGUUCAUGGGAUGGUUGAAGAGCUUGAUAAAUCUUUACAAGUUCAACCUCAAAGUGUUGAUGUAUUAUUGAGUGAAUGGAUGGGGUAUUGCCUACUUUACGAGUCAAUGCUCAGCUCGGUGCUCUUUGCACGGGACCGAUGGUUGAAGCCUGGAGGUGCCAUCCUCCCUGACACUGCAACUAUUUUUGUUGCCGGAUUUGGUAAGGGUGGUACUAGCCUUUCAUUUUGGGAAAAUGUAUAUGGUUUCAACAUGUCUUGUAUUGGCAAGGAACUUGUCGGAGAUGCUGCACAGAUUCCUAUUGUUGACAUUGUGGAUAAUAAAGAUAUAGUGACUAGUUCUGCAGUUCUUCAGUCUUUUGACUUGGCAACAAUGAAACCCGAUGGAGUGGAUUUCACUGCAAGUGCUGUGCUGGAAAGCCUCUCAAAUGAUUUGGAAUGCCGAACAACAUGGUGUUAUGGGGUUGUCUUGUGGUUUGAGACUGGUUUUACCAGCAGGUUCUGCAAAGAAAUGCCAGUUGUGUUGUCCACAUCCCCGUACACACCCAAAACGCAUUGGUCGCAAACAAUCCUUACAUUCCAAGAGCCGAUUGCCAUAGCAUCAUCAGCAAAACCGAGUAGCGACACAUUUGCAGCAGUUGGCACCGAUGCCUGUCCCGCUACGAAAAUUCAUUUGCGCAUUAGCAUUGCUCGUGCUGUUGAACAUCGCAGCAUUGACAUUUCCUUGGAAACUGCCGGUAUUGGCCCUGAUGGUAGGAAACACAAGUGGCCUGCACGACUUUUUACCCUACACUAAGGACAUAUCCAUCGUUGCUGCUGAACAUUGCAGCAUGGACAUUGUCUUAGAAACUGCUGGGAUUGGCCCUGGUGGUAGAAAACAUGAGUAGCCUGUACAACAUUUUAAUCUACGUGAGGACAUAGCCGGUAAUUCAAAAGAUGGGGUAAUCACACUGGCGUUUUCCGUUUUGGCAGCCAGUGUGGAUUAGUUUUGCCUCGUUUUGUUU